AUGACAUCCGUUCAGCUUACCUCCAACAAGCGAGACGCAGUCCCGGUUUUUCUUCUUAAGACAAAGUCUGCAACAGCGGACUCCUAUGAGGAACUGUUCUCCGAGCAUCGAGAUGGUGGUCCUCUGUUCGAACCGACAUUUGUCCCUGUCCUGCAACAUGAGUUUAAAGACGAUGGCCUGGAGUUUGCGCGAGACGUGCUCAGGCACGGCAAGGUCGGCAUCCAUGAGACUGCCUCGUUUGGAGGUCUUGUCUUCACUUCACAACGUGCGGUUGAAACCUUCGCCAACCUAGUCGCGGAGCCAAUGGGAACUGCUGGUGAACCGUCGUGGCCGAACAUCCAGUCGGUACCUGUUUAUAGCGUCGGCCCCGCGACGACCCGCGCACUCAAGGCCAUACCGCAGACCCCUGGCCUUCAGGUUCACGGCUCCCAUACUGGGGUGGGCGACGCUCUAGCUCCAUUUAUCCUCGACCACUAUGGUGCCUUCUAUGCCGGCCGGAGUCCCAAGCCCCCUCUUCUCUUUCUUGUCGGCGAGCAGCGCCGGGACGUCAUCCCAAAGGUACUCAUGGACCCUGCAUUACCGGUCGACAGACGUAUCGAGGUGACCGAGGUGGUCGUCUACAGUACGAAUGUGAUGAGGUCGUUCGCAGAAAACUUCGUCCACGUUCUAGAGGCUACUUCGGGGCGGCCCAUGAGAUGGAUUGUCGUGUUUUCCCCAACAGGGUGUGGCGAAAUGCUACGUGGCCUGGGAAUCCUGGACGAGGUUACUGGCCGGGCUAAAGCCAAAAUUAAAGAGGACGACCGCAGCACCUUCGUGGCUACAAUAGGGCCCACAACAAGAGACCACUUAUGGCAAGUAUACGGAUUUAAGGCGGAUGUCUGUGCCGAGCAUCCAACUGCUGAGGGAGUCUAUCGAGAAAUCACCAACUCCAUAGAGAGCCAAGCCCAGAGAUGUCCGUCGCUAUCCUGA